AUGACGCACCUCUUCCCGCUUCUUACCGCUCUUCUCGCCGCGUCGUCGGCUGUUGCCUCGCCUGGUGCGGGGUACCGUGGACGUGUCCACGGCAAGCGUCGCUGUGCCGCUGGCAGCUCUGCGACAGCGUCUGGCUCCUCACUCUCGGCUGGUUCAGACUCUGCGCACCACUCUUCCGUGUCUUCGCUCUCGGCAACAUCCUCGGUUGCGACUGCCUCUGGUGUCGAAAGCUCUGCCCCCGCCAGCCCCGCUGGGCCGGGCGGCAACAACGUCUACGUCGCGUCGGGCGACCCGGAGGUGGUUGGUGGCCCCCCCGUCGCGGCUGGCAACGGAUCCGACAACGCCACAGUCGACUCCACCGCUAGCGGCUCAGCCAAUGGCUCCUCCACCAACGGCCCCACCAACGCGACCGCGACGAACGCGACCGUCCCUAUCCCGUCUGGGGGCUCCAACGCGAAUGUCACGGCCGCUGAGCCUGCCAGCGCUGGUCGUCCGGUCUUUGCUCACUACAUGGUCGGUCUUACGUCCGAGUUUGACCAGGCCGCGUGGGAGAAAGAGAUGACGGUCGCAAAGUCCAAGAGCAUCGACGGCUUCGCACUGAACAUUGGCGAGGACCCUUACAACGACGCGCAGCUUACCAACGCCUACGCUGCGGCCGAGAAGGUUGGCUUCAAGCUCUUCAUCUCGGUCGACUUUAACUGGUACGGCACCGAUGAGGCGGCUACGGUUGCGGCCCAGCUCAAGAACUACAUCAGCAAGCCGGCGCAGUACAUAGUCGACGGAAAGCCGCUCGUCAGCUCGUUCGCGGGCCACGACUUCAACUGGAAGGAUUGCAGCGCGGCCGUCGGCACCGAACUCUAUGCCGUCCCGAACUGGCUCCAGGACGGCGGGGACAACAUCCAGGGUGCGCCUGGUCUCGGCAGUGGCAGCCCACCGGAGGAGAUCGCGCGCCAGGGCGGCGAGGAGAUGGCCAAGCGCGGCGCCAAGGGCCUCUUCUCAUGGCACGUCUGGCCGGGACAGCAGUCCAACACGCCUGUCGACGAGAAGCUCGGCACUUCCGACGACGAGAAGUACCGAACCUUUGUCGGCAACGGGACCUACAUGGCCGGCGUAUCGCCGUGGUUCUUCACGCACUUUGGCAAGGAGGUACCGUACUCGAAGAACUGGCUGUUCAAGAGCGAGACCCUGUGGGUCGACCGCUGGAAGGACAUCCUGGCAUUGGGCAAUAAGGUCAACAUGCUCGAGAUUGUGUCGUGGAACGACUACGGCGAGUCGCACUACGUUGGGCCGCUCGACACCCCGUGGACGAGCGACGGCUCAGACCUGUGGGUCAAGGGUAUGCCGCACGAUGCCAUGCUCGACCUCGCUGGGCCGUUCAUCAAGGCGUUCAAGGCUGGUGCGUCUGAGCCUGCAGUCGACCAGGAGGGCAUCGUGUACUGGUACCGCCCGCACCUCAAGAAUGUCAACUGUGACAGCACAGACAACUUUGGCUCCAAGCCUACAGGGUGGGAGCUGGUCAAGGACUCGGUAUUCGUCGCGGCCAUGACCAAGAGCGGCGGCACGCUCAAGGUCACUUCGGGCGGCAACGCACCUGUCUCGCUCGAGGCCAAGGGCGGUGUCGAUGUCUUCGAGGUUCCCAUGGGCGUUGGCGAGCAGUCAUUCGAGCUCACCACCACCGGCGGCAGCGCCAGUGGAAAGAGCAACCUCACAAUCUCGGACCAAUGCUGGGAAAGCCGCCUCGGCAAGGUGUACAACUACAACUUCUACUCAGGCGUCCUCAACGUCGGAGCUUAG